AUGCGGAAGCAAAGAAAGAAAAUUCAUGGCUUAAAAAUUGGUAAGAAGGUAGAUGCGAUAUCGCAUUUGUUCUUUGCAGAUGACAGUUUAUUAUUUACAAGGGCAACUAAUGAGGAAGUAGAGAAGGUAAUGGAGAGUCUUUCAAUAUAUGAAGUUGCUUCAGGGCAAAAACUGAAUAUGGAGAAAUUUGAGAUUUCCUUUAGCCGAAAUAUCGAACAAGAAAACCAAGAAUUGCUUCAGAGGAAGUUAACUUUUAAGGCAGUUGAGAAACAUGGUAAAUAUCUUGGCCUACCAACAGGUGUGAGUGGAUCCAAGAAAAUAGUUUUCAAACAUAUUCAGGAUCGACUUCUAAAGAAGCUUAAAGGGUGUAAUGAAGGCUUUUUAUCUCAUGUUGGAAGAGAGGUGUUGAUUAAAGCAAUUGCACAAGCUAUCCCUACUUAUGUAAUGCAAUAUUUCUUGAUACCUAUGAGAAUAUUGAAUGAAGGGGAGAGCAUGUACAGGAACUUUUUUUGGGGACAAAAGAAGGAAGAAAGGAAGAUGGUGUAG